AAAAACCCUCGUAAGAGCGGCAGACACAGAAAAACCCAUCAGAAUCUCCCUCCCUCCAUUUUCUCUCCGACUCUUCUGUCUGCUCUCCGUCACUCUCAGCAAUCAGCAGCCGUCUCUCCGCCGCCUCUACUCACUCUACCACUCUCUGUCUCUCUCUCCCUCCUUCUCUAUGGCGGUGGACAAGGACAAGCUUCAGGAAGACGGUGCUAUUGCCCGCUUCUACAGGAUUAUUCUCAGUUGGGACUAUUUCCGUCUCAGAAAAGAGGCAAACAAGCUGAAGGACAAGCAGCAGAAGAGUAAGGGGGAAGAAAUAGUUUAUGAGGGUUUAGGAAUUGCAAAAGUGAAAGACACCUACAAAGAUGUGGAUGACUAUAUCUCUACAUAUGAACCGCUUCUUUUCGAAGAAGUCAAAGCUCAGAUUCUUCAGGAAAAAGACUUGGAUGAAUUGGAAGACCCCAGGGAAAACUUGGUUGUCGAGUACACUGACGUGGGCGGGUUUCACUUAGCAACCCUUACCCGCGACCAGGGUGACUUGGAAGAGAGCGGAUCAAUAACGCAGAAUGAUCUUUUGCUUCUUUCCGGACAAAAGCUUCAAUGGGUAACGGAUGGUAAAGAGAAGUAUAUCCAACCUCCAUCUACCAAACAUCCACGGGACUAUGCUUUUGCAUUGGUGGAAAGCCGCCAGGCAAGUUCUUUUAGGAUUAGAAUGUAUUUGGGUGGAGAAGUCACUAAUUUGGAGACAGAUGCAGUUGAAUGUCCUAGGCUGUUAAAUGUGAAGUCUUUGGUGACUUCUACAGAACAACGGUUCUUUUACACUCUAAAGAUUUGCAGUUUAUCAACUAUUGCUCGUGAAUAUGUAGCUCUACGGUCAAUUGGUUCUCUCCCUUUUAAGGAUAUAAUUCUUGGAGCUGCUGAAAAAAAUAUCAAUUCGGAAGGCCAGGCCUGGAAAAUUUCUGGACCUCUGCAGGAAUAUAUAAAAGAAAAUCUUAAUGAAUCUCAACAAAACGCCAUACAGGCCGGUCUAUCGCGUAAACCAUUUAUCCUGAUACAGGGUCCUCCAGGAACAGGAAAGACACAAACUAUCCUUGGGCUUCUUAGUGCCAUUUUGCAUGCUACUCCAGCAAGAAUGAACUCCAGGGGUGAGUCAACCAUAAAGCGCCGGCCAAAGUUAUCUAGAGAGGAGAAAUUCAAACAUUGGAUAAAAGCGUCUCCAUGGCUUAGUGGUAGAAAUCCUAGGGAGCAAAUAAUGCCUGUGGAUGGUGAUGAUGGUGUUUUUCCGACCACUGGAAAUGAGUUGAAACCGGAAGUGGUCAAUUCUAGUCGUAAAUAUCGUGUACGUGUCCUUGUGUGUGCUCCUUCAAACUCUGCACUCGAUGAGAUUGUUUUGCGUGUUCUAAACAAUGGAGUGCGUGAUGAAAGUGACCAUUCGUAUAGCCCCAAAAUUGUGCGGAUUGGUCUUAAGGAACAUCAUUCUGUCCGUGCAGUCUCCAUGAAUGAACUGGUAGAACGGAAGAAAGGAAGUAUAGGAGGUGGUAAAGGCAGAGAUGGAGGUGCUGAAAGGUUUCGAGCAGAAAUUUUGGAGGAGUCUGUAAUUGUGUUUUCUACCCUUAGCUUUAGUGGUUCAAGUCUUUUCAGCAAAUGGAAUCGAGAUUUUGAUGUUGUUAUAAUAGAUGAAGCUGCACAAGCUGUGGAACCAGCGACUCUUGUUCCAUUGACAAAUGGAUGCAAACAAGUAUUUCUGAUCGGUGACCCGGUUCAACUGCCAGCUACUGUAAUUUCAACCGUUGCUAAUAAACUCGGGUAUGGAACGAGUUUGUUUGAGAGAUUUCAGAGAGCUGGCUAUCCAGUGACCAUGCUGAAGAUGCAGUAUCGAAUGCAUCCAGAGAUUAGGAGCUUUCCUUCUGCAGAGUUUUACUCGGAGUCAUUGGAGGAUGGUCCUAAUAUUAUAGAGCAGACACAACGUUCUUGGCAUGAUUAUCGAUGCUUUGGACCCUUCUGCUUUUUUGACAUGCAUCAAGGGAAGGAAUCCAAGCCCGAAGGAAGUGGUAGAUCUGUUGUGAAUGUUGCUGAGGUUGAUUUUAUCAUGCUCUUGUAUCAUAAUUUAGUGGAUAAAUAUCCAGAGCUUAAAUCAAGUCAGCGGUUCACGAUUAUAUCCCCGUAUCGUGGACAAGUAACUCUCUUGAAAGAACGUUUCAGAAGUACUUUCGGAGUGGAGUCUGACACAUUCGUGGAUAUUACUACUAUUGAUGGUUGCCAGGGACGUGAAAAGGAUGUUGCAAUAUUUUCAUGUGUCAGGACAAACGAACAUGGAAAAAUUGGGUUUCUGUCUGAUUUUCGGCGAAUGAAUGUUGCGAUCACUAGAGCAAAAUCUUCUGUCUUGGUAGUGGGAUCUGCAUCAACAUUAAGGAAGCGUGAUGAGCAUUGGAAUAACCUUAUCGAAAGCGCUGAAAAGAGGGAUCGUUUGCUUAAGGUCUCACAGCCAUACGCUUCAUUUUUCAGUGAUGAGAAUCUGGAAACCAUGUCUAUCAAGAAAGAAUUCUCAUUGGAGGAGGUUGAGAAUGAUGAGGUGGAUAACUAUGCAGGUUCAUACAAUUUUGGGGGUGCCGACCCGGCGGAGGGAGAGGAGAACGAUUAUGGAGACGGGGGUAUGGACAUGGAUGAUGGAGGCAACGGCGAUGACUGAGUAUCGAUAUGACAAUGUUGCUUAGGUCAUAUGGACCUGUGCGAGAUGAAAGUCUCAUGCACCGUUUUGAUUAAGAAGUGAGAAAUUCUCUUUUCGACUCUGACCCCCACUCCGGUUGUUUUUCUUCCUAUUACUUCAAAAGAAGCUGCUUCAACUUCAGCCACCCUAAUUCUUUAUAUUCGUUUGGGAGGGAGACUUCUUGUGUAAGUUAAACUACCGUCAGCUAUUUAGAUGCGUCAAGCCCCCCCUACAUAUACCGAUUACUAUUACAAUGGAAAACAUAGUUUUGUCUUAACUUUUAUGGCGGUUAUACCGAUUACUAUUACUGUCUCGUCUUCACUUGUAAGUGAUACGUAUCAAGUUUGACUUA